CAACCUGGUGAUGCCGCCCAUGGGCAUCUGCCCCGCUAACUUCGUGUGCGUGCACUGGCAGCUGUGUCGCGACGGCUUCGUCAUCACGGACGGCACCGGCGCCAUCAACAAGCAGAUCAAGGAGAUCCCGGCGCAGAUAUCGUCGAGGUACCGCAGCUGCGGCACGAACAUGGUGUGCUGCGGCGUGCCCUCCUUCAGCGCACCCCCCGUGCAGAACCCCCCCAGCGCCCCCCUCCCCUUCCCGGCCCGCCCCGCCCCCCAGGCCCCCCCGACCUUCCAGCAGCCUCCCGCCCCCAUCCCGACGCAGCGCCCCCUCCCGCGCCCGACGGCCCGCCCUCAGCUGCGCCCCCCCACGUCCCGCCCCUCGUCGGGAGGGUACGCGAGCCCCACCGUGCCCCAGAACCCCCUGAGGCCCGUGCCGCAGCCGCCCUCCCGCCCGCCGAGGCCCGCGCCCAACGCCAACAACGGCUUCAACUCGCAGCCCACCAUCGUGAACCAGGCGGGCCCCGUGCCGCCCGCGCAGACCGGCUACAACCGCCCCAGCCCGCAGCCCAGCCGCCCGCGCCCGCAGCCCAAUGUGCCCAUCAGCAACCCGAUCGGCCUGGUGUCUCCGCCCAGUCCGCAGCCCAUGGGCAUGAUGGGAGGCAUGAUGGGCGGCAUGAUGCCCAUGGUGGGCGGGACCUGCAGCGCCGGCACCUACUGCGUCCCCCCCAACCAGUGCAACCCCUACACGGGCUUCAUCAUCACGGACCCGACGCAGCUGAUGGCGGUCUGGCCGGACGCGCCCACGGUGCCGCUCCUGCCGUGCUUCGUUCCCGGCGCUGGACAAAUUCAAGAUGGCGUCUGCUGUCAACAAGCUCAUCCUCGAGCCGGAGGUCUUGAUUAAGGCACGCCUCCUUAUCCUGCUGCCACGCCCCCUGCCCUCCUGCCACGCCCCCUGCCCUCCUGCCACGCCCCCUGUCCUCCUGCUACGCCCUCGGUCCUCCUGCCACGCCCUCUGUCCUCCUGCCACGCCCUCUGUCCUGCUGCCACGUCCUCUGUCCUGCUGCCACGCCCCCCUGUUAUCCUGCCACGCCCCCUGUCCUGCUACCACGCCCCCUGUCCUGUUGGUACGCCCCCUGUCCUGUUGCCACGCCCCCUGUCCUGUUGCCACGCCCCCUGUCUGGCUGCCACGCCCCCUGUCCCCCUCAGCUCCACGCCCUUGAAGCACCAAGAGGAAUAUCCAAUUAUUUCCGUUAUUCUAGUGACCUGUGUUUCUGUAUAUCUUAUUUUCUUUGCGUUUCCAUUUAUCAGAUUUGUUUUGAUUAUCUUUCUCCGACAUUUGCGAGGCGAGAACUGCAUGUGAAGAGGGAAAGAGAUUUCGUUUUUUUUUUUAUUCAUUCUGUUUCGUUAUUUUCAAGAGAUUUCGAUUUUUUUAUUUUAAAAUUUUUGGUUCUUUAUCUUACACAUGUGGCAUUUUAUCAAUAAUUUGAAUUAAUUUAUAAAUAGAAGAAUAUAUAUAACAUCGAAGGUAAAAGAGAAAGUUAUAAAAAUAAUAAAAAAAAUUAUGAUAAGCGUAAUUAACAUAUGAAACGAAAAUCAAUAAUUCUCGGUUAAAAAUACCAAUAGAUAAAUAGAUAGAUAUAUAAGUAAGAGAAAUCAAAUAAUCUAUGAAAGUUAUAUAUUAUCUUCAGAAAUUUUAUUUAACUUUUUUAUAAUGAAGUUAUCGGAAUAUUUUUUUUUUUUUCUUUUAAUAGAAUUUACUGGACAAGAAUAAAUUCGGGCAUUUUAGUGUUGUAGAAUUUUUUUUAAGAUAUUAUAGUCUCUCAAUAGAAAAAAAAAAAUCAUAACAGUUUCUCCUUGUUACAGACCUUCAGGGAAAUAUUUUCCAUAAAAAUAUCUCUCCCGAAAAAUAAUCAUUUCAUAAGAAAGGUCAAGGGUCAAAUCUAGGUAUAAAAAAUUCCUUUAGAUUUUAAACAGAAAAUAAAUCAGCAAAAUCAAUAUUAGUUAUAGAUUUUUCUCGAGGAUCUGUUAGCCUUAAGGAUACUGAUUGUGUGUGUAUAUAUAUAAUCUUAAACUAUAUAGAAUCUAUUUUAUUACUCUCAAAUUUUCAAGCAUUGGUCAAGGAUAUGUUACCCGCUUUUAAAUGGUAUUCUCAAAGCAUCCUGAGUUUCAACAAUUUUUUUUUUUCUUUUUUCUCGUGAAAUAAAACUCUAUUCUACCAUAUUAUUUAUGAUGAAUUCUUUCAGGUGAACAAAUAAACAGUCUGAGUGGUU